CUCAUGUCAAAGUCAUCAAUGACAGAUCAAUGUGAUGAUGGGAAUUGCGAAUUUUCAUUUUCAAUAGAAAUUAUUGUGUUUGUGAUAAAACAAUGGCAAACUUUACAACAGACGGUAAAUUAUGUAUAGAGCGAGAGAUAGAAAUAAAUACCCCAGACAAACAGUUUGAUGACUUGAUAACACGUUUCGAUAUCAGCGAAACGUGCCAAUGGAUAACAGACAAUAACUUCCAAAAGGUAUGUCUUCAAUUUCCCGAUGAACUGCUCGGAGUGAGUGCAAAGAUUUAUCAAGAAAUAAAGAGAAGAGUGGAGGUUGAUCUGUACAUUCUUGGUGACACUUCAUAUGCUAGCUGCUGUGUGGACUCAGUAGCUGCAAUGCAUGUCCAGGGCAAUGCAGUAGUGCACUAUGGUCACUCCUGCUUCACCAAGACCAACAUACCAGUGUUUACUGUACUGCCCAAAGAUCAUAUAGAUGUAGACUCCACUAUGAAGGUCCUACAUGACAAUUUUAAUUCUGAUGAUAAUGUGAAAAUGUGCCUGUUUUAUGAUGCUGGUUUUGAACAUUGUAAAGACAAAAUAUCAGAACACUGGUUUCAACACUACCCACAGAGCUACAUAUCUUUUGUGCAAAUAGAGGAGCACCCACACAGGUUCCUGGGCAGAGUAGUCAAAGACAAAAGAGGUGAAGAGUUCCCAGUUGAUGUGCUCAAAGAUUGCAUUUGUAUACAUGUUGGGUCUAGGGGACAGACUGUGUUCAAUUACACUAUUUCUAUAGCAGCCUCUGAAUGGUAUGUCCUGGAUCCAAAUACAAGCAAAGUGGAACAUUUACAAGAAACCAUGUGGUUCAGGCGUAGAAGGUUUCUGGUGGAGAAAUGCAAGGAUGCCAAUGUGGUUGGGCUUCUCAUUUGCAAGCUGGCUGGUGACCAGACCAAGGAUAUCAUCAGUAGGAUGAAAGAGUUGUGUAAAGUAAAUGGAAAGAAGAGCUACAUUGUGUCAGUUGGUAAACCUAAUGUUCCAAAGUUGGCUAACUUUCCUGAAAUUGACAUCUAUGUAAUGAUAGCAUGCCCAGAAAAUGACCUCUACAGUGCCAGAGACUUCUACAAACCUAUUGUGUAUCCAUAUGAACUGGAAGUGGCACUGAACUCUAAAAGAGAUCCAUAUUUCUCUACUCACAUCACAGACUAUGACCAAUUACUUCCUGGGCGUCCACACCACUGUGAUAUUGAACACGUAAAGGAGGCCACAGAUGUCAGUCUCAUCACAGGAAAGAUCAGAGAGACAAAGGUUGACAAUAACGAAGGAAGCAGCACUGACUUGGCAGAAAAGCAGAACUGGGCCUUAGAAAGCAUAGGACAGAACCUCCAAGACAGGUCAUGGAAAGGUCUAGAACAAAAACUUGGUGAAACAGAGGUGAAAAAGGCAGAGGUAGGCCGCAUGGGCAUACCCCUGCAAUACAGCAAUGAACCAGAAUGAAUUUAGAAUUUUAUAUUUUGUAUUUACAAUGACUUGGUUAUUCUAGUACAAAACACUUGUCCUGCUAAGUAAGACUGUAUUUUUACAAAUAAAUUAAUUAAUCAAUUGAAAAAAA